UGUAAACCAUUUUCUGAGUAUUUGUCACAAGUUUUUUUUGUAGUACUUUAUUCAUUUUUCCAUAAAGGUGCUCCAAGAGUUGUAACAGAUCCCCCUCUCAGUAACUUCUGCUGAUUGAGUUCUGGCCUCUGUAUUGUAAGAGCCCAAAUACCCCUUCUCUGAGGACUGCUCUCACUCCACAAGACACACACACACACAUAUAUGCGUCCCAUGGCUCACUAUGGGCUCCUGGACUGUUUGUUACCUUGCCUUUCUCAUCCCCAGCCACACUAAUUAGUCCAGUAUUGGUACAUUUCAAGCUGGCCAUAUUAUCUUUCUCCUAAAGAAUGUAUGUAUGGUAUCCAGAAAUUCCAGUUAGCAAGUUUCCUAUUAACAAAUAAACAUGGGAAUCCCUAUUGCUAUGCUCAUUUUCUGCCUUACCUUUAAAAAAAAAUAAGGAAUCUGUUUAAUAAAGAGAGAGAAAGAAAUGAAAUGGACAUGAAGUGGGGGAAGAUCUGAAUAGCUCAGGUGCCCCUGAGAGACUGAGAGGAAGAAAUAGCAUCUUUGGUUCUGGCAACAUUCCAACUCUCAUUAUAUCCCCUGGAUACCCAGCAAAAAUAAUAAAGGAGCAAAACUAAACUUGUCCUCAAAAAAAGAGGGACCAAAAAAAAAAAAUCCUAGCAUUAGUAGCACCCUCAUAUGCAAAUCCUUUUCUGAGUAUUUGUUAAACACCAAACCCUGGGGGGAAAAAAGUACAACAGACACUAAGGGAUUUAAUAAAUAGAUACAAGAAACAUAUUAAAAUUAAAACAGCAUAAAACAGUGCCUCAAGCUCAGUGAGCAUUUUAUGUAUUCUAAUCUUAAUACCUCUCUAGCUGAUUGUGUAAGAAGUAAUCUAUCACGUUGUAUGCAUUAGCUCAGUCAUUGUGGAGAUAAAAAGGUAAAGCCAUCCUGAAACAGGAAACCAAUAUUCUUCCUGUUUAACCAACAAAUCUAAAAAUCUAUUCUUUGCAACUAUUUACUUUUGCUCUUGUCCACCACAACAUGGUGCUCCACAUGUUCCCCAUAGUUUUAUGACAAAGAGAAAUUUUUCAUGAGCCACUUUUGUAUCCCCACCCCCUUAAAGAAAGAGGGAGGAAAAACUGUUUCAUACAGAAGGCGUUAGCUGUAUGAAUUAGAACUGCCACCUAAGUGUGGGCUAAUGUAACCAAGAGGGAUUUCACCUACAUCCAUUCAGUCAGUUUAUGGGGGUUUAAAGAAAUUCCAAAGAGUCAUCAGAAGAGGAAAAAUAAAGGUAAUGCUUUUUGCCACACAGGUAGAAUCUUUGAAAAUAUGUGUAAUAUGUAAAACAUUUUGACACCCCCAUAAUAUUUUUCCAGAAUUAACAGUAUAAAUUACUUCACUUGUUCAAGAGCUUCCUAUCAGCCUCUCUAAUCACUACUCACAGUAACCUCAACUGCUGCCACAAUGUACAAGCUGCAACUCUUGUCUUGCAUUGCACUAACUCUUGCACUCGUAGCAAACAGUGCACCUACUUUGAGCUCUACGAAGGACACAAAGAAACAACUGGAGCCACUGUUGCUGGAUUUACAGUUUCUUUUGAAGGAAGUUAAUAACUAUGAGAACCUCAAACUCUCCAGGAUGCUCACAUUUAAAUUUUACAUGCCCAAGAAGGCUACAGAAUUGAAACACCUUCAGUGUCUCAUGGAAGAACUCAAACCUUUGGAGGAAGUGCUAAAUUUAGCUCAAAGCAAAAACUCUCACCUGACAAAUAUCAAGGACUCAAUGAACAAUAUCAAUUUAACGGUUUCGGAACUGAAGGGAUCUGAAACAGGAUUCACAUGUGAAUAUGAUGAUGAGACAGUAACUGUUGUAGAAUUUCUGAACAAAUGGAUUACCUUUUGUCAAAGUAUCUACUCAACACUGACUUGAUGAUUAAGUGCUUCCCAUUUCAAAUGUUAUCAGGCUAUUUAUUUGAGUAUUUAAAAUUUAUAUUUAUUUUUUGAUGUAUGGUUUUCUAUCUUUGUAACUAUUAUUCUUACUCCUCAGAUGAUAAAUAUGGAUCUUUUAAGAUUCUUUUUGUAAGCCCUAGGGGCUCUAAAAAUUCAUUUAAAUUAUUUAUCCUAAAGUAUUUAUUUUUAUAUUGAACUGUUAAAUAUCAUGUCUAUGUAGGUCAGUUAAUAAAAUUAUUUAAUAAAGCUGAUGAAUAAAAACAAGCCCAGAUAUUUGUUAUUCUGCGAAUAGCACAGAGUAAGCACUAAAAUAUUUCUGAAAUACUCAUGUAAACUUUUCACAAGAUGGUUAAGAUGCUUAAAAAAGUACCCCUUCCCCAUUGGGGA